GCUCGCAGGUCCCUGCCCGCAGCUCCGCCGCCGCUGCCAGCCCGCUCCCGGCUCCGGCCCCCUCGUCCGCCUCGCCUGUGGGAUUAACUCGCCCAUGGAGAGAUGGUCCUAGCUGAAUUAUUUAAAGACACUUAAGCACAGAAUUCCCUCAGCAGCCAGACUGAUUUCUCAAUGGAGCCCCGGAUCCCUCACAACAUCACCGUCGUCCCCAACUCUGUGAUGGUGCAGCCCUUGCUGGACAGCCGGAUCCCCUACGGGCGGCUGCAGCACCCUCUGACCAUCCUGCCCAUCGACCAGAUGAAGAGCACCCACCUGGAGAACGACUACACCGACAACCCCGGCGCCGCCCAGCCGCCCGCCCAGAAGCGUCCCCGAGCCCCCCACGAGCCGGGCUCGGCCGGCCAGCCCCCGCAGCGCUGCGAGCAGGACGUCACCCACCCCUGGAUCUCCUUCAGCGGGCGCCCCAGCUCCAUCAGCAGCAGCAGCAGCACGUCCUCGGACCAAAGGCUGCUGGACCACAUGGCCCCGGUGCCCGUGGCGGAGCAGUCGUCCCCCCGCGCCGUCCGCAUCCAGCCCAAGGCCAUCAACUGCAAGCCCCUGGACCUGAAGGGCCCCGCGUCCCAGGAGCUGGACAAGCACUUCCUGCUGUGCGAGGCCUGUGGGAAGUGCAAGUGCAAGGAGUGUGCCCUGCCCCGGACUCUGCCCUCGUGCUGGGUGUGCAACCAGGAGUGCCUGUGCUCGGCGCAGAACCUGGUCAACUACUCCACCUGCAUGUGCCUGGUCAAGGGCGUCUUCUACCACUGCACCAACGAGGACGACGAGGGCACGUGUGCCGACCAGCCCUGCUCCUGCUCCCAGUCCAACUGCUGCGCCCGCUGGUCCUUCAUGAGCGCCCUGUCCCUGGUGCUGCCCUGCCUGCUCUGCUACCUGCCCGCCACCGGCUGCGUCAAGCUGUCCCAGAGAUGCUACGACCGAGUGAGCCGGCCCGGGUGCAGGUGCAAAAACACAAACAGUGUCAUUUGCAAGGCAUUGCCCGAGAGCAAAGGGGCAGAAAAGCCCUUUUAAUGGUGGAGUUGGGAGGAUGCUCCGUGGAGCAGGGUAGUGUUGGCUCUUUUUAAUAACCUGUGUUCUGAGGAGAGCGUCGGCCUCUUGCCUUCGGGGAAAGCGGAAGGAGCUAUUUCCACAAACUGAAGCACUUUGGGUUAUUCAGGGUUUUUGGAACUGGUCGCAGCUUAAAGAGAUGGGGCCAAAGGAGGAAUGUUAAUAACGCAGAGCGAAGGCUGCAAACCCAUGUACAUCAUGAAGUACAGCUGCUGAAAAACUCCCAGCUCAGAGGGACGGCUGCUCACCAGGCCUGCACACCACAGGAACCAUUAACUGCUCGCUUGGCAGGCACUGCCUCACAGCCAGUCCCCAUUCCCAGCUGCAAAAAGCUGCUUUGAAUUCACAUUCCGGGCGGGCUACUUGCUUCCUGUCUCCUUCCAAACCCCAGCUCGCUCCCAGCAGCCUGUUGAAGGUGAUGGGGGAACUCCCUCCACCCUCCUUCCCUGCUAGACACCGCUCCAAGGGCUGGUUGCACACCAAGUACGUGUCUCUCAAAAGCUUUCUGUGUCCCUCAAAGAUUUUUGGACCAGAAGUGAAGCUACAUUUUGUUUGUUGAUGGGUCUUCUGCCCUUUGGGUGCAUCCCACCCAGCCCCACUGGUCUGGACCCUCUUUCUAAAGCAAGAUGGUAGCAGGGCUGCUCCUCCCAGGAGGAACUGCAGCGGGAUGUGUUCAGGCAGUUGUACCAACACCGGGUCCUCCUGCCUGUAAGCUGAUCUGUGGCAUCAGGUUUCACUCGAUGGAAUAUGAGUUUUCCCUCAGCAGAGCAGCCCCUGUGCAGGAGGAAGGGGCUGAUCCCCUUUCCCCCAGGCCCAGCUGGCUCCUGGUGCAGAGCAAAGGGGAUGCAACUCCCUCCACAAAGCAAAGACGAGCAGGGUUUGCUCCUCUAAACCUCUUCAGCUCUCGCAAGAAGUCCCACAAACCUAAGUGUACGAUGCACAUAGAUGUAUUUUUCUAGGGAUCUCAAUCCAGUACCUCCCCUCCUGGAACAAGCUCUUCUUUGCUCAUUAGAUACUGGGAUUUGUUUUUGUCCUGGGGGCGAAUGGCAUUUGCUUGAAGUACGGCACAUUCCCCCACCCCUAUUGCUGCUGUUUGACUUUUGCCUCUUCUGUACAAAAGUGUCUUUUUCAAUGUAAAGAAUGCUUUUAGUGUUUAUUUUAGUGUUAACACACACCAGGGGAAGCCAGGGGAAGGAAGAGAGCGCAGUUAACGAGCGGGCCCAUGGUUUGCAGCAUGGAAAUAUUGGCUCUGUCCCUGCCCUCAUCCUGGGGCUGUUCUGCCUGCCUCAAGGAUGCUCUGAUCCCUCUCUCUUGACAACCACAAGGUGCUAAACAAGAAUCCUGGUCCAGACAUGCAACACUCUAAUGAGUAGGUAGGUACUUGUUGCAUGCAGAACACUGACCUAGUCUCUCUUGGUGUUUUUAAUUAGGGGAGAUUUCCUCAGCAAAUGCACAGCAGUGACAGUGAAAUGUCAUCUCUAAUUAGACAAGCAAUAGGCAGAGCUCAUGUAGCAUUUCCAGGAAUCCCUUUGGCCUGGGCAGGGGCUGGCAGGAGCACCCUGGUGGGACUCUGGUGUCUUUGGGUUUCAGAAUUCAGCUCAGCUGGAUGGCUUGGGGUUUAACUCAAUGGAAUUGUAGAUAUUUAUUGAAUGGGGGAGAUUUAAAAAAAGAAAACCAACCAACUUUUCUAUUUAUAACAUUGUUAGCUUGUACAUGCUGAAUCAGAGAAAAAAGGAUGAAAUAUCCAUUACCAGAUACCAGUUCCUAUAGGGCAGCCUCAUGCUAACUGUGUGUGGGCACAGGUGGGGAUCCAGAGCUGUAUUUAUUAUCUUGCACAAAUCGGAGGGGAAAAGAAAAAAGGAAAAGCAACCCCAAACUAGCUGAACUGUUGGUUGAAUGUAUAAGAUAUUGUAUUUAAUAAAAGAAAUCAUUUUCCUAAGAUACAAACAAGUUAGAAAAGGCCAGCAGGAGAGGUAUUUACCUGCUGCCCUCCUCUGUUGGGACCACACAUGUCCAAACGGCCUCCACCCACGGCUGCCUUGCCUUUCUGACCCUCUGUCCCUGGGGAAUUGUGCUGAAAACCUGCACUGGCAGAGCCCAUGGCUUGGCUGCAUGGUCCUUGUGAGCAAAGGCAGCCCUGGAAUGGUGGCCACCGUGCCAAUCUACACUCAUGUGCAUAGCCCAGCCCUCCCAGCCGGGCUCCCUCUCACUGUACAUAGCUGUAAACUAUUUCUCUGUUGGUUUGUUUCAAUAUCUCAGCCCUG